CCCUGCCGCCAUCUUGCGGGCGGGCGGCGCAGGCGCGGAGCUGCGUGUGCCCUGUGCGGCGGCGGAGCGGGAGCCAUGGGGCUGGGGCAGAACUCCAGCGUGCGGGUUGAAUGGAUUGCUGCAGUCUCCUUAGCUGCUGGAGCAGCUGCUGUCGGGUAUCUAGCUUACAAAAAAUUUCUCUCUAAAGACAAGUGCUGCAAAGCAAUGGUGAAUCUCCAUAUCCAGAAGGAUAACCCCAAGGUAGUCCAUGCAUUCGAUAUGGAAGAUCUGGGCGACAAGGCUGUGUACUGUCGCUGUUGGAGAUCCAAGAAGUUCCCACUGUGUGAUGGCUCGCACACAAAGCACAACGACGAAACUGGCGACAAUGUCGGGCCGCUGAUCAUCAAGAGGAAGGAGGCGUAGAGUGGACAGUAGAAGCUACAAAAUGAAUGUCUGACAAAUCCUCUGCUCGCUUGUGAUUGGGGGGAAAAACCACAAAUUCAUUGUCAUGUCACUGAAGACUUUCCAGUGUAGUAGAUACAUCAGGCUUCAGCAUGUGUAUUUUUUCUGGUGCUUGUCUUGUCUUAAUCACUACAGUGCAUAAUUCACUAAAUAGUCAUGGUUUAAUUUUCUGUCCUGUAAAGUGUGUGUACCCUUUCAUUGAGUAUGAAACUGAAAUGACGCACAGAAUGUACUUGAGAAAAUAUUGUUAUUUUCAAAUAUAUGUGUACUACGCUGAGGCCAUUCAGCAGAAAGAAUAUUCAGAAGGGAGAUCUUAAAAUUUCGGGGAGGUUUGAAAGUCAUGGAUCUGGCUAGAGCGCUACUUAAAAGGCAGCAGCAGGAAAGAAGUCAUGGUGCCAAAAUGCAGCUUAACCUCUGAUCACGCUGCGUUUUCUGCAGAUGUCCCGUUUGGCCUGUAACACUACCGUUCUGCGUGGCUUCCGUGAAAGAAUGCACUUAAAAUUGCUCUGAACAAACAAUGUAAAAUGCUUAUAGCUAGCUGGGGCUAAAGGGCAACUUCACCUUUGAUUUAACGGCCAUGUUGAAACUUGACCCUACGACCAUAUGGUGUGGAAAACAUACUACGGAACAGCAGCCCUGUGUGUAGAGUAGGAUUAGAUGGUCUCUGUGAGAGCUUUGGUAGUAGACGAGUGGAAGGACAUGAAGUGCCCAGAGUGGUGGGCAUGGGUGGCCAGAUUUCUUUUUGUUGUUGUUGCUAGAAAGCCUUAGUUUCACUUGCACACUCUAGCAGUGGAGCUAAUUUCCCCAGACCAGAGGACAGGGAAGCUAUGCUGAUUUAUCCCAGAAGCUAAAAUAAAAACUAACCCCCCACCCACUGUUACUGUCUGCUUUGUCAUUGCUCCAGCUGCUUGCGGAGGACUCUUCCUCCUGCUGCAGAGGGAGCAGGCACACCUUUACUAAGUGCCCUUAGGCUCAAUGUGUCUUAAAUAGCUCCUGCCUUCCUGGGCUAACUGCUAAUGUGGAUCAGCUAAUUUUACCAAAAGAACAGACACGGACAGGCUUUGCUAGCAGCUAGAAGCAUAGGGGAAAGGAAGGAUGAGAUGAGAACUCAUCCUCUUUUUGUAUGGCAAUUGUCUGCUUCAUCUGGCACAGUUGCAUUAAUGGCUGUAAUGUUGGUUUCCUUAAAUAGCUUUUGAUUUAUCAGUGUGCAAAUUACUACAAAGCAAAACCCAAAGAAUGUGGUGGCAGAGGGCAGUUUUGUAUUAAACCUGGUCCACUAGCAUCAUUGCAGCGUGUGUGAUGUCCACUGUCCAGAGGGAGAGACUACCUCAGAGCUAGAGAAAAGGCCUCGUCAAGAAGCUGGAAUUUUAACCCGGACCCCUCAAAGAUUCUUCCAGAUGAUUGGGAUGAUAGAGGUUUUAUUUUUGUUAAGGGUGUGGUUGGUACAGCUGGUUAAAACUGAAGAAAACUUUUUGCGUAUUCUCAAUGUGAGACUUUGAGAGGCUGAGGUCUUAGCUGAGCGGUUCGAACUUUGGCAGAAGGCACAGCAAGUAGAGAAUGUGGCACAGAAGUAAAGGAAAGCUGUGUGCGGGUGGAGUGCAACGCAGGGGGCAGCUACUGUCUGCAAGGGACCUCUACUUGCAGGAAGUUGCAGUCAAAUAUAUUUAGUCUCUCUUCUUUUUCCUGUCUUGACGGUAAAGGUACUUGAUAUUUUUUACUCGGCCAAGUACUGAUGCACAUGGAAAGUUGUUUUAACCUUAAAUUAUCAAAUACAUUUGUUUUAUCCAAAACAAAGUUAUUUCUGUACUACUAGAAUAUGGCACUGGAUACUUCUGUAUUUUUGUCAAAUACACAUUUGAGUUCAUCUUAACCUC